AUGACAAGGCUACCGCAACAGUUUCUAUCAGAAUAUAUUCACUUAAGUGAGUUGUACGCCAGAAAAUCAGAUGACGAUUGUGACGACGAUUCGUCUGGGUCUUGCCAAAAACCCGUAUCAAAUGACGCAGAGACAAUCGCAUUAGCUGUGUGUCUCCCAGUAGCGGUUAUACUAGUCGUUCUUGGAUAUUUUCUCUUCAGAAAUUACAGAAAAGACAAGAAGGAACUGUCGGAGCGGGACCCUGAUUUCGACGAGACAGGUGAGGCAACAGCUUUGCCUGACUUUCCAAAUGGCAAAGCAUAUGAGAUGGAUAACCCAUUUCACAAUAGAAAUUCUAUUUACCCACAUGGUGGCUCGGGAGGCGCUCGAAACCAAUCAUCAGUUUCUUUACAAAAUACAGCACACACAGAACGUUAUUUCGAUGAUUUUGUAUUGCCAUACCAACAUCAAACCGGCUCAAAAGCUUCCUUAGAUGAUUUUGCUAGGCAAAUUGGUGACUACUCAACGUUCACACCUAGAGCCUCAGUAAAUGGUAGUGUUGGCCAUGUUAAAAAUCUUAGCUUGGGCCUUGACUCUCAGAGGACGUCUCCUCAGAAGUCAAAUUUACAAACAGAAAUGAAGAGCACAUUAGGGAAGAGCCCGGUAUCCUCUAUUCUUGUUAAAGAUGGUAAGGGGGCUGCCGAAAAUGACUCUUCAGAAUCUUCUAUUCAUCAAUCAGAUUAUCUUAAUGAAGACAAAGAUGUAUCGGAUGAUGCUUCUUCGACAGCAAUGGAGAAUCUGACUGGGGAAAAGUUUGGGAUUAAGUAUGAAAAUGAAUCUUCUUUGGAAGGAAUGGAAAGUAUAACCAAGGACAGAAGUAACAAUAUUUUAAAUGAUAAUGGCAGUAAAGAGCUGUUCAGAACUACAGAAAAUAAUUUCGCUGAGUCAAACCGUGAUAAAGAUCAAAUGUCAGAGAAUCCUCAAAAGACGGGACAAUUGUUCCAAGGUACGAAAUAUGAGAAGUUUGGUGAACCAGAUAACGAGAUCGAGGAAACAGUAAACGAUGGAAUAGAAGCACAGGAUAAUAUUAAGGAAACGCAUAGAAGAUCGUCUACUAUAGCUCCUGUGAGUAUCAGUGUGGAAUCACCAAUUGAUAAUGAGAGAGAUGAACUGGAAUCUCAAAGCGAAAAGCUUGAUCAUGGCUUGGUUGAUGGCGACUUUGACUUCUCAGGAGAGAAUUCUGAUCUUGAAAACACUACGGGCGACGUCACUAAUGUAAUAGAGGAUAGAGAAACGUCCAGGUCUAAUUUGCUUAGCCCAACCAAUGAAGAUGGAAAUGAGAGCAAUUUAAGCAUUCCAGGACCAACAAUAAAGAGAAGCAAAUCUCCUAGGAUCUCUGCAUUCAAUUUAGUAGGAGAUGACAGCGAUGAUGAACAAGCUGAAGAUGAAAAGAUUUUGACUGCAGAACAAGAAGAGGAAUUAAGAAGAAUGAAAUCUGUGUAUAAGGUUUACUUUGAGGGUGGUGCUCUGAAGAAAGAAGGCGAGUCUAAUUUGGGUGUCUCCGGUAAGCCACACUAUGAUUUGGAGCAACCCUUACCAAAGAUACCAGAUAAUUUGAAUAAUACUAGGAUUAACAGUCAUUUGAAAAUGGACACUUCGUACGACAAACGAAUGAGUACUGCAUCAUCAGUAUAUACAGAGACACCUAUAUUCUCUAGUGAUGAGCAGCAAUACUAUUACAUGCAACAACUGUUUGCCCAGAAUCCAAAUUACUACCAAUCUCCUCAACCACUGCAACGGUCAAUGUAUCCGACGAGGGCACCUGCAUUGCCACCUUUACAACAGUUACCUUCUGCAUCUGAUAUUCGUAAGUCAACCUUACAGACUUAUACUGAUUAUCAACCAAAAUCCAAAAACGCUGUUCAAGGUUCAAAACAACCUUUCGUUCCAAUUGAAGAUGAAGGAGUUUGGACAGCACUGGUCUCUUCACCAACAUUGUCACAAUCGCCAUUCCCAGCCCAGCAUGGACAGCAGCAAGGCUAUCAGCAGGGAUAUCAACAAGGACAACAGCAAGGACAACAACAGGGCCAGCAACAACAUGUGGUUCCAUCUGCUACUCAGAUGUCUCGUUCUUCUGUCGUGAUGUUAAAUCCUGUCACUGAAAUUACGAAACAGCGGACCUUCAGGCCAGCAGGAUCGCUCCCAUCGGGGGGUUCUAAUCAUUCCCUAACUGCACAAUCAAUGAGAAAUCAACAAUACUUUGUUGAACAUUCGCAGAGUCUAACACAACCAGGAAGUGACCUUAUUCCGGGAAACAGAAAGAGUGAUGUGAGGCGUAUGAUGAAUAGUAACUUCUAA